CUGUGAUUCCCAUUGCCAUGUCUCCUUUACAUGGUUGGUAAGGUGAACACUCAAGGUAGACGAGAGAGAGACAGAGGCACACUCCGUUUUUUUGUUUUUUUUUUCAGAGCUUCCAGCCUUUUUUUCGCGUUGAGUGGGCAGCAGCCGGACUGGAAUACAUUUCUGGUGUAAAUAGGCGAAAUUGGUGUAAUCAAUGGAAUGAGGAUUGAGACCAUACUGAGUAUAACCUUUCGGUUCUUACCUCAUCAGACCCUAUUUCUCCACACGCUUGGACCCACAGCUGUGUUUACCACCAUGGGACUGGAUCGAUAGGCUCAUAGGAUGGAAUCUGCUCUGUCACUCUCCACGGUCCAUCUAUACCUGAACACAAACAGCUACGACAACAACAGCAGCGUCUGCACCAGCCGGGGCAUCCACCUGGAUGACCCUAAUGCCUCGACGCUCAAUCAGUCGCUUUCCCUCCAUGGCAGACUUCAUGGCGUCCUCUUGGGUGUUUCUCUGGGCUUUCUGUCUCUCCUCACCAUCAUAAUGAACCUGCUGGUUCUUUACGCUGUAAAGAAAGAGAAGAGCUUGCACACGGUGGGGAACCUCUACGUUGUUAGUUUAUCCUUGGCCGACUUGAUUGUCGGAACCACGGUGAUGCCACUCAACUUGGUGUAUCUGCUGGAGGACGAGUGGAAGUUGGGCAGGGCCGUGUGUCAGUUUUGGCUAAUUAUGGAUUAUGUGGCGAGUACCGCAUCUAUUUUUAGUUUGUUUAUCCUCUGUUUGGAUCGGUACCGCUCUGUUAGACAACCGCUCAAGUACCUAAAGUAUCGAACACGAGGGAAAGCGAGCGUGAUGAUAUCCGGAGCCUGGCUGUUGUCAAUGAUGUGGAUUGUUCCUAUUCUAGGAUGGAGGUCCUUUACCCGUGUAGAACUUAAACCCGAAGAGGAAAACAAGUGUGAUACAGACUUCCGCUUUGUCACAUGGUUCAAAGUCAUUACAUCUGUUCUUAAUUUUUAUGUCCCUUCAGUUCUGAUGCUUUGGUUUUACACUCAUAUCUACUUAGCAGUGAGGCAACAUCUCAGAGACAGAGAGAGGAUCAUCCACCCAACUAAUUCAUUCGGGGAAAAUGAAAACGGGCAAAAUAUCCAGACAUCAAACGCCUCUAAGUCCCCGGAAAAGGAAAGCGACGCUCCAAUGAAACUGUUAAAAAGGCAGCUUGACCAGAAGCUUCUAGACCAGACGUACUCCCUUGAGGAGUUUCAGAAGACCAAAAGUGCUCUUUCCAGAUCGCACAGAAAAAUCGGUGCGCAAUGUCCAGACCUGGCAGUGACACAGCCACUUACAGUGUCUACUAAACCAGGAAAGGGCUCCAUAUCCUCUGAGGAGAAGAACCAGGACGCUGUUGUUCCUGUCAGUCCCCCUUCCUUGCAACCAGAAGACGUCAUUUCAGAAAUGAAUCGUGAAUCAUCUUUAAAUGAAUGCCACGUCACGGUGCCAAAAUCUGUCAGUGGCGUUUGUGACAUCAGUCAAGUGCAGAGUUGCUCAUCUGUAGUCAACAAUAACUUUGACCCCGGUCACGCUUUACCAUGGUCGAAGGCGGGCGACGACGACGACGACAACGAUGACCUAGACGUGGCCAAUGAGAUGACUCUAAGACAAACAUGGCAAAGGUUCGUGGAGCACUCUAGGGAGAGGCUUCAAAGCCUGAGGAUCCACAAAGAGCAUAAGGCAGCCAGGCAGUUGGGCUUCAUCAUCGCAGCGUUCCUGCUGUGUUGGAUUCCGUACUUCAUAACCUUCAUGGUGAUGGCAUUCUGCAGGGAGUGCGUACACCACGACCUGCACAUGUUCACCAUAUGGCUUGGUUACUUCAACUCCACCCUAAACCCUUUCAUAUACCCGCUAUGUAAUAGGAAUUUUAAAAGAGUCUUCAAAAACAUUCUGCAUGCCAAUUUGUGACAGUCAUUCUAGCAUCUCUCUGUUUCAUCAGUAUAUUAUUGAAGUUGAAAUGUUUGUGCUAAUAACAGAAUACAGUCAUACAGGUAGUAUUUUAUUUAAAGGGGCCCUAUCUCACAUUUCCAACUUUUCAGACAUACAGUGACAGUAACGCCAAUUAUUUUAUUUUUGCUGUAGACUGAAAACAAAAGAAGCAUUUAUUUCCAGGUAUUCACAUCUGGAUCGGAUACACAACCUCGACCUCAAUGAAAAUAGGCGGGCAAACACCAGCUUCCAAGAAAGUUGGAUAUUUCCUCCCACAUUCCAAAAACAUGCUAGGUUAAUUGGAGACUCCAAAUUGUCCAUAGGUAUGAAUGUGAGUGUGAAUGGUUGUUUGUCUAUAUGUGUCCUGUGAUUGGCUGGCGACCAGUCCAGGGUGUACCCGCAGCUCUCGCCUGAAGACAGCUGGGAUAGACUUCAGCAUAUCAGCGACCCUAAUGAGGAUAAGCGGUAGAAAAUGGCCACAACAAGGACCCCUCACUUAGACAACAGCAUCUUUUGUGAACGCACCAUUUUUUUGUGAGCAACAAUACUGGAACAUGUGAUUAACAGUGGCCAACCGUGUCAUCAAACAUUGCAAUUUCAGACUGCAUUUAGAGGUGAAAACAACAUGAAGAAAAGGGGAACUGUAUUUUGUGGGGGAUUUUACCCAUCAUUCACAAUUCUUAUGUGAAACAUGAACAUGUAUUUCUUUCUUUUUUCUGUGCAUUCUUGCACGGGAAAACUAGUUAAUAUGAGCUAGCGAACAAUGGACGUCAUAGUAUGUAUUUUGAUGCUAAAGUCCUCACAAAGAACCCCUUAAAAAAAACGCAGUGUUCUAUUUUACAUAACGGACAUCUAUAUUAACCAAGCUGUAACAAUAUUGUUAUUGUAGCAGUUAAAAAACGAGAUAAAAAACUAGUUUUAUCUGGCGCAUUAACACGACACCCCGCUAGCCACUCAUGUCAGCGUCUGUUUUGUUUAUUUCUCAUAAUAUGACAUUUUUCUUAUGACAUUUUGCUACUAAUUAUGUUUUUUUCAUAAUAUUAGGACUUUUUCUUAGAACUCUUUUAUUUUUUUAUGUUUUGACUUCAUUGUUGUUGUCUUUUGUUUGUCCGUUUAGCUUUCUUGUUAAAUUAUACUUUUAGAAUGUGCCACAGGCAGUCAAGAAAAUAGUACACACUUUGGACAUCCCUGUAAUGAGUGGUGAGAUUUCAAGUCAAGUCGACUAAUGAGGGUCAAUCCAAGGGUGUUUAAUAAUAACACCACCAUGUGGUGUAUUUGUCAGAAAAUUAAUAGCACAGGAAACACAAUAGGGGUGAAAGUUUUGACAAAUUUUCACACUUUUGUGCGAUGCGAUUAAGGAGUUGAAGAGUUGCACAAACAAAUCCAUAAAAAACUAUAAUUAUUCUCUAUGUUUUUAUUAUCCUCCCAAUAGAAAAGCAAUUACUCUAUUGAUUUUGAGAUGUGUCAAAUACAAAAAGACUGAAGUAGCAGAGGUCCAAGGUCAGAUCAUUUUAUUUUUUUUCUUUUCUAGUUAUAAGGGGUCUUGAUGGACACAGGAUAUGGCACAAAGCGAUGAUGCGGGUACCAAGGGCCACCUUGUCCUUGUCACCGUUGUUGUCUCAUUGUUAUUCAUAGAUUAUAGUGCUUUUAUGGAUCUGUUUGUACUCUACAUGCUCUCCCUGCAUGCUUUUGGUUCCAUGUACCCAUAUGAUGCUCUUUGAAUGCAAGUCCAUCACACGCUUGUGACUAUGCGGUUUCAAGGUUUACAUUAUCUUGAAAAUAAGAACGUAUGAAUGUAUAGGCUUCCAUUUUCCAUUCAGUGUGUAUUAAACAAGAGUAUACAGAUAGUUUGUGUGUUUGUGUGUGUUUUUUUAAUGUAUUAAGUUUCACAUUGAGACUCAUGGCGACAGGAUUUAUUAUACAAAUGAUAAUGCAACAUUAAUGUCUUGGUUGUGGCUGAUUAUUUGUGGGGAAACAAUCUUCGAGAAAGAUGUUGUUAGUUUUUUACGUUCAUUGUCUCAAUAAAACCUAAAAAAAAACAUCUUGGAAUUGCUUUUUGCCAUAAAAAGGAGUUGAAACAAUGUGACUUAUUUUAUGUAACCAUUGCACAAGGCUGUGGGGACACAGAUAAUAUUCAGACAUGCAAUAUAUUUGCACUGAUUCAAUAUUUGGAACUCAAGAGCCUCGAUCAGGCUCGAUUAGAGCACAUUAUCAUGUUUUGCAUCAGGAGAAGGCCUGCUGAUCUUAUUAUGAAUCGGGGAGGGGGAGUCAAACUGAACAAGGGGCACAAAUUAUGUGAACAGGAGAUGAAUAGUUAAUGGCUGUGGUUCCACUGUGUUCUGCUAACUUAAACUUCAACUUGAGAUUGAUGUUUUUCCGUUCUCGUUGAUGUGUUUUCCACAAAUAACUCCUUGGAUACAGGUGGGCUUUCGGGGGCAAAAUGUUUAAGAAUUUGAAUGACAGUCAAUAUUUUUUUUUUACUUUUGUAUAGUUAUUUUUGCACCACUGACUUUA